AUGGCUGACGAUGGAGAGGUUGAUCAGGAAGCAUCCGGCAGUGAUGAGAGACAAGAAGAGAACGCACAAGGAAAGGUUUCGAGUCAUGUGAGAUGGCUCGCAAAAGCUUCAUUCUCCCCCACUGUCAACUGUCAGAGGGCAGAGGAGAAUUCGCUCGAUCUCAACAACUACCCUGACGAACACGGCAAGCCACCGCCGGCAGAGGAAAGCACGAUGACCUCUGCUGCCUCCGUCGGCACUACCCGUACAGGGUUAAAGAAAAAGAAGGGGUUGGGAAACGAUGAGGCUGCGAAGGUGUACGAGUGCCGGUUUUGCUCCCUCAAGUUCUGCAAAUCUCAAGCACUCGGAGGGCACAUGAACAGGCAUCGACAAGAGAGAGAGACCGAGACGCUGGAUCGUGCUCGUCAGCUAGUGUUCAGCACCGAGGGUCUUGCCGGCGCUGCAUCAGCCGUCAGAGGCUUCCAACACGGCGCCGGCCUGAAUGGAGAACCGUUUCUCCAAUUCCGACCAGCUGUGGUCUAUCCCAAUGCGCCUGCGGUGAAGCAAUACAUGUACCCUUCUUCUUCAGCAGCCUCCUCGCCCUACCAACACCCCGCCGUCAUUUGCAAUUACUACGUCGGCCAUGUCGUCUCCGGGGGCUCCCAGAGCCAAGCACUCUGUGGCCCUCAUCAGGAUCCCAGUUUCACAUGCUACGGGGCGCCGCUGUCUCGCAGCUUUCCGGUCGAGGAAGCGCGACUGGCCACCGCAAGAGACAGCGGAGCACCUUACAAUCUGAGUUUGAGUUAG